CUCUAUCUUGAAACAAACAAACAAAUGCCUCCCUCUUUCUUUUUUUAGCUUUAUAUUUCCUUAUAAAUAUAGUCUUCUAUGAUGUAUCCAAUUCAAGUCAAGAAGCAAUUUUGGGAGCAUUGCAAGACAAGCAGUUGUUUCUCAAAGAAAACAAUGUCUAAUAUUGUUAUUGUUUUCGACUUUGACAAAACCAUUAUUGAUUGUGACAGUGAUAACUGGUUGAUUGAUGAAUUAGGUUUCACUUAUUUGUUCAAUCAGCUCCUUCCCACAAUGCCUUGGAAUUCUGUCAUGGAUAGGAUGAUGAUGGAGUUUCACUCACAUGGUAUAACCAUUGAAGAUAUUGAAAAGGUUCUUCAUAGGAUUCCAAUUCAUCACAGAAUAAUACCUGCAAUCAAAUCAGCAUAUGCUUUAGGGUGUGAUUUGAGGAUUGUGAGUGAUGCGAAUAUGUUUUACAUUGAAACUAUUUUGAAGUAUUUGGGAAUAAAGGAAUACUUUUCAGAGAUCAACAGUAAUCCAGGUUAUGUUAAUCAACAAGGAAGGGUUAGAAUUUCACCUUAUCAUGACUUCAACAGAAACUCACAUGGUUGUACUAAUCCAUGCCCUCCAAACAUGUGUAAGGGUUUAAUCAUUGAUAGAAUCCAAGAUACAGUUAGUGAAUUGGAUAACAAGAAGUUCAUCUAUCUUGGUGAUGGUGCUGGUGAUUACUGUCCUAGCUUGAGACUUAGAGAAAGAGACUUUGUGAUGCCAAGGAAGAAUUAUCCAGUUUGGGAUUUGAUAUGCAAAGAUCCUUCACUUGUUAAGGCUGAAAUUCAUGGUUGGUGUGAUGGAGAAGAGCUUGAACAAGUUUUGAUGAAGUUGAUCAACAAAAUAAUGAUGGAUGAGCAUGCUCAAUACAUUGCAUCUGAUUGCAAUCUACAAACUCUUCCCAUUCCUGUACUUGAGUCCUUGCCUAAUCCUUGCCGUAUACUAUUAGCUUAGAAUCAUUGCAAAUGUGUUUUAAAGUAAUUGUAGGUUUUUUGUAUCUCUUCUUUUGAUGAAAGUUUAUGAACCAAUGUUAAGAUUUCUGAUAUUGGUUUUCUGCAUAUUAGUAAUUGUAACUCAUAAUCUAUGUGUAGUUAGAGCUGAAUUUGAUUAUGUAUGCAGUGAGACUCAAAUCUAUAAAUGGCCAUUCAAUUACUUAAAGACUAGGGGAAAUUUGAA